ACCGUUUGGAUUCUGCGAUUGAUUCCGUAGAUCGAAAACAUUAAAAGCUCACCCCACAUGGCAAACGAACUUAUGAGCAAAGAGUAGUAUAAGAUGUCUGCGUUUUUCAACCAAAGAGUAAUAUUUACAGUCCUUGCAAGUAUUGCAACGUUAUCUCCAACACUCGCUGCCCCGAUUGUUCUGAAGGAGACCUUUACCCAUACAGGCAACCAUUUUUACGGCAACACCAGCCAUGUUUUAAGGGAGCUCCCCGCGCCUACGCUGGGUGACGUGACUGGAUUUUGUUCCAAACAAUGUAUGUAUGAUCUGCAGUGUAACGGAUUCGAAGUCUGCACCCUAUCAGGGGGAAGUCAGUCCUGCCGCUUGGCCAAUGGGGCCUCCAAAGGUUCUCUGGAAUUUCAAGCCGAUGAAAUCUGCCAUUACUACGAUUUGAUCACUAACUGUGAUGUGGGGGUGUUUGACAGAGUGACAGGGGCGUGUAACCCUGUCCCCGGACAGUCGGCAGGGACGUACGGAGGAUGUUCUGAUUGCGCUUGCGUUGCCAUGUCAACUACUGUAAGCGGGGUGUAUACAAUCAUGCUAGAUGGCGCUCCACUAGAUGUUCAGUGCGUCAUGAAGGACGGUUUUGGAUACACGGUGAUCAUGGAUAGAAACGAUGGGAGUGUGGACUUCUAUAAAACCUACAGCGAGUACGAGAACGGAUUUGGUAGUCCAUAUACUGAAACCUGGAUCGGAAAUAAGUAUAUCCACUUGCUGACGGCGGCGGGUAACAACGUUCUGAGGUUUGAAUUCGAGGAUUACCUUUCGAACACUCGCUAUGCACAGUACAGCAGUUUUAAUGUGGACUCUGCCUCAACUAACUACCUCAUGACGGUGUCUGGCUACACCGGCACCGCAGGAGACAGUAUGUCUUAUCAUAACAACGCCCCAUUUUCGGCAAAGGACGUUGAUCAUGACACCAAUGCCGGAAACUGCGCAGUGGACUAUUUAACGGCCUGGUGGAACUUGAGCUGUCUGCGCAUCAAAUUAACUGCGACGUACGCACCUAGCGGAUAUAACGUCAUGGGCUGGCAUGGCUGGGAAUCGUACAAACCUCUGAAGGUUGCGAGGAUGCUUAUUCGACAUUAGAUGGAUUAUUUUUUUUAACUUCUUCACUGAAAAGUUUGAACUCGAAAAUAGUACGAUUUUUAGGGUUUCUUAUUUGAGUGAUUUAGACAAAUACAGUAUUUAUUUGAACUUAUAUAUUUAUGUUGACAUUUCAAAAUUGUAUAGUUCAGAAAUAUUUUUCUAAAAGUCAGAAGGUAUAAAGAUAUUUCAUUUGUACGGUUGUCUGUAUUGUAAAUAUAGGUCGAUAAAUUCGAAUUGAAUAUUGAAAUGUACUGGAGUUGCAAUUGAACUUCAAAUAUUUCCUUGCAUUUGAAUAAUAUUUUACAAGUAAAGAAGAACAACUCUAAAAUUUAUCAUUUAGGCACAGUUAUGGUCAUGAUUAGCAAUUUUAAUUCAUUUAAAAUUCUACAAUCACCGAUAAUAUUAUCUCAUUCGAUAAUCAUAUUAAAACGUUGUAUCAAUAAUUGUUAAUGUGUUUUGGUUGUUUCCAAACACAAUUUCUUUUAGCAUUACUUUUGAAAUAAAGACCGAAAUACUUUGUACCUUAAAAUAGAACUUAAUAUUUUGUACCUUUUGCAGAAAUGCUUUAAUAUUUCCUAAUACCUUUUUCUGUACCAUUAGACAUUAACAUAUAGUGUGUGUGGUUGAGUUAUAUCCAAGUUUCCCAAUAAAGCAUUAGGAAAAAAAAGCUGUCCAAAAACAAAGCCCCCCUCUUUCUCUGCCUUUACAGACAUCUCUUUAUAAUAAUUUCAUUUCGAGGAGCUUUAAAAUCGAAAAUUAGAUUGAAACCUCCUGAUCAAUUGUUUACAUUUUACUUAUUUCCUUUGAAAAAUAAAAUUGUUUAUAUUUUUGUAGAACAAAGGAGAGCCAAGUACAUUUAAGUCAAUUCAAUAUUUACUUCUUGCAAAGAGGGUCAAAAUUUUCUUCGGGUAUACAAUGUAUAUACUAGUCAAAUAAAAAGUCAUCAUAGAUAGAUUCGAGAGGCCAUAUACUGUAUACAUUGCCACCGUUUUAUUUAAAUUUGUGUUUUAUAUUUGUUUGAUUUAUUUGGCACGUGCAACCACUUACUUUUUUAUGAGGGAAUUUUGACCUCAGGGAUGGCAAGCAUACAAAAUCAAUAUCGAUUUUCUUUAUUAGCAUCUUAAAAUGAACGUUCUGUAUUGAAUUGUGCCUCUUAAUUGAGUUAAGCUUUUAAAUACUGUUAACAAUGUAACCAUAACAAAGUUAUGAUAUCGAUAUAGGUACAUUGUUAGCGAUUGAAUUUUAUUUUCAAUAUGAAAAGUUGUUUGACUUUGGCUCAUUAGGGAUCGACAGAAAUUUCAUUGUGACAUAUGACUAUUGAAAGAAACCCAAUGUUUAUAUACUGAAACUCGUGGAUUAGUUUUGUUCAAUAAACAGAGAACUGUUAAAAUGGUGUUGCUCGUUACAAAUAGUUCAUUUUUUUAACGUGAUGAUAUUUUAAUUAGUAGAAAAUGAAGAAUGCGAAAUCCAGUAGGAGCUUCAUAUAUAAUACAGUUAUCUUUGAAGAUGUUCGCUCCGCGCCACUCUACCGUUUUAUUUAUAAAUUCAUGAAUCCACAAUGAAAUCCGAACGGCGAAAAUAAAAACGUUGUGGGUAGAGAGGUGUCAGUAGGCGUAUUAUUACAA